AUGACAGACCAACGCAAUCAACCGCAACAAAUGCACAAUAUCCAACCAGACCACCUCCAAAACUUCGUCCAACAAAUCCUCAUAGCAAACGGCACAUCACCCACCCAUGCAGAGAUAGUCUCUAAAUGUCUCGUCUCCGCAGACCUCCGAGGAGUCGACACACACGGCAGCAAUCGUAUCCCAUCAUACAUGGAGCGAAUCCGACAAAAAGCCCUAGACCCAGCUGCAACACCAACGCUCAAUCAAGUAACGCCAGCAGUAGCGCAGAUAGACGCGCACAACGGGUUCGGCUUUGUCGCCGCGCACGAAGGCAUGAAUCGUGCCAUUGAAAUGGCCCAAAUCUUUGGCAUCGGCAUGGUUUCCAUCAAACACUCGAAUCACUUCGGUAUGUCUGCGUGGCUGGUUCAGCAGGCGCUGGACGCAGACAUGAUGUCUCUUGUUUUUACGAAUAGUUCGCCUGCGCUGCCUGUUUGGGGUGGGAAGGAGAAGCUCAUGGGUGUUUCGCCUAUUGCUUGUGGGGCGCCGGCUGGUGAGGGUAGGCCUUUUAUUCUUGAUAUGGCUCCUUCUAUUGCAGCGCGGGGAAAGAUUUAUAAGGCUUUGAGGAGGGGGGAAAAGAUUCCUACCGAUUGGGCGCUUGACAAGGAUGGGGGCAGGACGGACGAUCCUGCUGAGGCUUUGCAGGGUGUUAUGUUGCCGAUGGGUGGGCCGAAGGGGUCGGCGCUUUCUGUUAUGAUGGAUGUCUUCUCUGGGGUGCUUUCUGGGUCCGCAUUUGCGGGGCAUGUUACCAACCCGUAUGAUCCGUCGAGGCCGGCGGAUGUGGGGCACUUUUUGGUGGCUAUCAAGCCUGAUUUGUUUAUGACUAUUGAUGAGUUCAAAGGGAGGAUGGAUUAUCUCUACCGGAGGGUUGUUGAAUCAGAGAGAAUGGCUGGUGUGGACCAGAUUUACUUCCCUGGAGAGAUUGAAAUUAUUACUGAGGAGAAGAGGAGAAAAGAAGGUAUUCCUUUCGCUGUGGCGGAGAUUGAAAGCUUGAACAAGGAGGCCGACUUGGUGAAUGUUGAACACUUGAAGCUGUAA